AGGUAUUUAUGGUACACUGAAUGUUCCAUCGCCUCCUGCUCAGCCUUUUUGUGUUCAUCUUCAAGACUUGCGCUUUUUCUAGCUUGUAGGUGUAGGUGCCACCACGUUCUCGUGGCCUUACUUUUGGUGUUAUCAAGUAGAAGAAGAAAUACAUUUUAGAUUAGAGUCAGUCUCCUCAUGGAUACAUUCAUUUCAUCACAUUAGACUAGAGAGGAGAUAUACAUCAGACGCAUCACUUAUUUUUCUCGCGUACGACAUCAUCGACAUUUUUUAUUUGAUCAGGAUGACGCAAAAAAACAAGAAUGGGAAAAGGGGUGGCAAGAAAAUGUCCUCUGCCGCAUGUACUGUUUUGGCGCUAUCUUCCUCCGCGGGCGCAGUAACGUUGGGCCCGCCGCCUCCUGAUCCCUCUGCAGAGGAUCUUCGGGUCCAGAAGGAAGUCGAAAAGGCAUUCGCAGAGAAGAAGGCGGAGCGGAUCAAAUUUGAAUAUCCGCAGACACCAUCUGGUAGGCAUUAUUGCGAAUCGGAAAAUACAGAAGCAGCUAUGGCUAUGAUCAAGUCCGACGUCCCCGUCCCCGGAGAAAAGGACUCUUCUUCUGUAUUUGAGAAAAUUACAGGAGACCCCAAGCUGGCAGCUUGGUUCAAUAGCGAACGCGGGGUCACACUGAUCAGCUCAGGUGGUAGUUUUGGAAAUGUCUAUAAAUAUUGGCAGAAAAACCACUACGGUAAGAGUAAGUCGCUCUCGCUGAAAAUCGUCAAGGUGGACAAGAGCCAGACGAGGGAACAUUUUUAUCCCGAGUGGAAGAUCUCGCGCGAGGCUUGUUUCAGUCUGUUCUUUUCGCAGGGAUCACCGGGACCGGCGUCACACGUCGUCAAAACAUACGAGGUGUGGCGGUGGAAGUUGCAAGAAACACCAGAAAUUUGGCAUUACAUGCUUGUCCAAGAAUUGUACGCGAUGGACCUUUUCGACUGGAUUUCGGAAAAUCAGGAGAAAAAGGAGCGGAUUUCGCCAGAGACGUUCCUCGACGUUAGUCGGCAGCUCAUCCAGGCACUUGUUUAUCUUCAUGGACUUAAUAUCGCCCACAGGGACGUAAAGCCGGAGAACAUUUUUUUGAACUUGCAGGGCGGGGACGGUCCUUCGGGGUUGAAGUUGGUACUCGGCGAUUUUGACUGGGCGAGCUCAGCGAACGGGGGGGGCGGCGGAGAUAACGACUCCCUUUGGGUGGACACGUGGAACACCAACAAAGGAGUAAAAGAUUGGCAGCGCGACCUCUGGCCGCUGGGCCUGGUUCAGUACCUGUUGCUUGGCCAGGUCAAGCCGGGGAAGGAUGAGGAAAUGUACAUAAAGAUGGCUAGGUGGGUGAUGAGCCAGCGUGAGGCCAACUCUUCAGAGCGUGGCCCUCAAAGCUGGUGUGACAAAAAAUUGGAAAAAAGCGCACCUCCCUUCUGGCAUGAAGAUAGAUCAAUAUGGUCGUGGAAUCCUGCGUCUGCUUUUUCUUUCCUGGAGGAUUUUUACAAGAACGGCGUACUUCCGUACGCGUUACAGUUAAGAGUCGCGCCUUGACAUUAAUAUAGAAAGAGAGUACUAACUUAUUCAUUGUUUUCGUAAUAUUAAGAGCAACUUCAUCUAGAGUGUGUAGUUCUCCCACAACAUCCCUGCGUCCGUAUGGAUGGUAAUGCAAACAGUUUGGUACGGCUUUUCUCACCUCCGACUACAAUGCGAGCAGGAAUAGUUGGAAGCUGGGAAGGCGCAGCCCGACUAAGUGCUUCCUGCUAGCUUUCAACUACUUCCAUCUGUCGCUACCAAAUGCCGUCUCCCUCGAGUGGACUAUGACAUCUGGCUUCGUAUAAGUGCACGGUCAGUAGAUCGUUUUUGUCUUUAACCUGCAGUUCUAAUGUUCUGCGAACCAGCCAAGCGCAAUCUCGAGAAGCUUCGCGAAGCGUUGGAAAAAGUGACUCAACAGGUGAAAGAGGCUGAGCGCAAGCCCCAACAGGUGCGAGGGACCAUCCGGGGCCGGCUCUUGGCGAAGGCAAGACAGUACUGAUUUCGUUUCUACUUCUACAGGCCGACCCAUUGAAUCUCGUUAGUGUCCAGCUGUCCUGGUGUCCAUCUGUCCUGGUGUCCAUCUGUCCUGGUGUCCACCUGUCCUCCCUGGUGUCCAGCUGUCUUGGUGUCCAGCUGUCCUAGUGUGUCGGUGUGCAGCUGUCCUUGUGUCCAGCAAGCUCUCCUGAUGUCCGCGUCCGGCCGUCCAGCUUUCUAUCCUCGUCUCUGGCUGUCCUUGUAUCUGGUUGUCGGCUGUCCUCGUGUCCGGCUGUACUCGUGUCAGGCUGUCUUUGUCCCGCUGUCUUUGUCCCGCUGUCUUCGUGUCCGGUUGUCCUCGUGUCCGGUUGUCUUCGUGUCUGGUUGUCCUCUCCUUGUGUCCAGCUGUCUUUGGUGUCUUUGUGUCCCGCUGUC